AGAGAAUCUUGUAACGUUCCAGCGACUGCAUACAAUCGGCGUUGUAAGACUUCGGAUGGGCGGCGUUCGCAUGGCGGAAAGACGUCAAAUUAGCCUACGCCAUCCGAACACCUGGCUGGUUAAGCGUCGUCCAGGUGUUCUCAUGGUUGGGAUGAGCGCGCUCUUUCCACUUUUGGUUCACGUGCCUUCCGCGUAGGAAGAUGUGAGCGCACCCCUCCGUUGCGUGGGACUUCACUCGUAUUGGAACCUCACUCGUCCAAUAUCGCAUAGAAACUUUUUGCUCAACUCGCCAUUCCCAAGCCUCUGGACGGACGUAAACCGUAACAUAACCUUGCUAACAAAGGCUACUCUUCGCUCGACAGCGAAACUUGACUGGGCUGGGCUCUCUAUCCUUGAGGUACUGUGAUGGCGACCGAGCCCCCAAGCAUCAUCGCCGCCUUCACUGCGUUGAUCGUGGCCAUUGAGAAGCAGCUUAAGGACACCGCUACCCUUCCGGCUAUCCCGCAAAAUGAGUUCAAGCUCGUCGAAGAGUUUUUGAACAAGAGGCGCUGUGAGCAGGACCUAGGAACACUACAGCAAUUGGUCGACCGACUGAAAGGCCAUAUGGGAGUGUCUCCGAUUACUGACCUCGUUACGGUGGGCUUUGGAAUCAUAAUAGGGCAUUCUAACAAACUAGCUGAAAAUCAGAACACGUUUGGGACGCGUAUCGCCUCCCUUGAGCACGCAAGCUCGCUAGGCACGACUGAAGUCGAGGCGACAGCUUCGACAUGUGAGGACGCACUCUCGCAGGUGUUUGAGGGAGCCGCUGUCGUCUUGAGCAGCGAAAGGACGAACAAUGGCGAUGUAAUAUCAAACAUGCAGACCCAGCGCUUUAUGGCCGCAUCGACCCCUACACUGUUCGGGGGUGAAGAUCCUCGCCGUAGAAGAAGCCGUCCCGUCCAUGCGGUCAAAACUUUCCUGGCGGUGUCCGACGUAUCGGGUCAAGCCCAGGGAGCCUACUCAGGAAGCAUGCUAGAGCAUGUAACUGCACAAGCCUCACCCCAGCAACACGAGGACAGAUAUGCUACUGAGGCUACAUAUAACAACGGACAGGGUGUUACUAACAAUGACCUUGACGACCUUUAUUCCGUUAGGACGGAUGGUAUAGCUGCCUCGGAGGCAACACGUGCUAUCACGGUGCUGGGAAAGAGCGACACUGUCAUCGCGGCGCCUCCACUGCUCGAGCCUCCUGCGAGGGAUGAGUCAACGGCCCCGCCAGCUGUACGUACCGCCCUGUCGAAUGCUACAGUAACCUUAGAAGAUGAUGCCAGCUCAAACAUUAUGGUCAUGCCGCGCGAUACCUCCUCCUCUACCAGCCUCACGCAGCUAUACAACAACUUCGGUAUCCGGCCUACGAGCGGUCAUACUACGGCCCUCAUAGCCGCAGAUACAGGUGAAGUUGACGAUCAUAUAAAGUUCGGAAAUACAGCUGCACCAAGGCGUCGUCCACAGACCAGGCGUCGACCCACUCAGCCCACGGCGAAUCACGCGACUACGCACAGGCAGGCGCAGACACUCGAAACAGAGAACUCCAACAAGACGAAGACGAGAAAGCGAACAGCAUCGCAAAUUGCUCGCACUGAGCAGUCACCUGCUGCAGACUUCGAGGAGCCUCCGACGGGCAAUACUGGGCCGGCCAAGAAGAUGCCGAGAAGGCAGACUUGAUAUUCCAAGCGAAGCGUAAAUGUGAAGAGUAAACAUGACAGAGGCCCAUAAAGCGUCGGUGGGCGUGGAUGUGUUAACACAACUGCCGGAGUCUUUGCACUCCAGAGCCGGAGGAGACAAUAGUUUUGUACAGUGAAUAAGUGCUAGUAGUAUCAUGUGCCGCAACUCGUUCAGCAA